UUAUUUAACAACUUAGAUUUAGGUCACUUUAUAUUCACAAAAUUAAAAGUCCUUUCUUCACAAAUACAAUACAAAGCCUUUUAUUCCUUCCCGUGUUGAAGUUGUCGAGUCCAGCUAGGUUCUUCGUCGGCUAACCAGGGACGUUUUGUGCUCUUCCGUCCAAAUUAACCUGAUUUUCCUCCUCCGAUUCUCCUCUUUGCAGCUCCGGAGAAGAAGAAGGCUGUUCUAAGUUGACUUUGUCUUCUUCAAAGUUCCAGGCAAUAAAUUCUCCGUUUUCAGGAAAUAAAUUCUAAGCCCCCUUCUAGCAAUCAAUCAACGCUCUCCCGGUUUACCUCCCCAACAUUUCAACUCCAUAUUAGGUGAAAAAGCAUGGCACCGACCCCAACUCGAAUUGGCCUUGCUGGCCUAGCUGUAAUGGGACAAAACCUUGCACUCAACAUAGCCGAGAAAGGGUUCCCGAUAUCCGUCUACAAUAGAUCAACCUCAAAAGUCGAUGAGACUGUUGAACGAGCCAAAGCAGAAGGUGAUCUCCCACUCUACGGUUUUCACGACCCCAAAUCCUUUGUUCUCUCCAUCCAAAAGCCUCGUGUCAUCAUUAUCCUCGUCAAAGCUGGUUCUCCAGUUGACCAGACCAUCAAAACCCUCUCAGCCUACCUGGAGAAAGGAGACUGUAUCAUCGAUGGAGGCAAUGAGUGGUAUGAGAACACCGAGAGGAGAGAAAAAGAAGCAGCCGAAUUGGGCUUGCUUUAUCUUGGAAUGGGAGUGUCUGGCGGUGAAGAAGGUGCUAGGCAAGGCCCAUCACUAAUGCCUGGAGGCUCUUUCGAGGCGUACAAGCACAUCGAAGACAUCCUACUCAAAGUAGCAGCCCAAGUCCCAGACAGCGGGCCAUGUGUGACUUACAUUGGCAAGGGCGGAUCUGGAAACUUUGUUAAAAUGGUUCACAAUGGUAUCGAGUAUGGUGACAUGCAAUUGAUUGCCGAAGCAUAUGAUGUUUUGAAAUCUGUGGGCAAGCUAUCCAACGCCGAAUUGCAUGAAGUGUUCACGGAGUGGAAUAAAGGGGAACUUUUGAGCUUCUUGAUUGAGAUCACUGCCGAUAUAUUUGGAAUCAAGGAUGACAAGGCAGACGGGUAUUUGGUGGAUAAGGUUUUGGAUAAAACUGGCAUGAAGGGGACCGGGAAGUGGACGGUUCAGCAAGCUGCUGAACUGUCAGUUGCCACCCCGACGAUCGCUUCGUCACUGGACUCGAGAUUCCUCAGUGGGUUGAAGGAAGAGAGGGUCAAAGCAGCGAAGAUAUUUAAAGCCGGUGGGAUAGGUGAUGUCAUUGCUGACCAGGUUGUUGUUGACAAGAAACAGCUGAUCGAUGACGUCAGGAAGGCACUUUAUGCUUCCAAGAUAUGCAGUUAUGCACAGGGGAUGAACUUGAUUCGUGCAAAGAGUGUUGAGAAAGAAUGGGAUUUGAAACUCGGUGAGCUGGCUCGGAUUUGGAAGGGGGGCUGCAUUAUCCGUGCUAUAUUUUUGGACCGUAUCAAGAAGGCCUAUGACAGAAACCCAGAUCUUGCCAACCUUCUAGUGGAUGAAGAGUUUGCAAAGGAGAUAAUUGAAAGGCAGUCUGCUUGGAGAAGAGUUGUUUGCCUUGCUAUCAGCUCUGGUAUUAGUACCCCUGGCAUGUCUUCGAGUUUGGCUUAUUUUGACUCGUACAGGAGGGAAAGUCUGCCAGCCAAUUUGGUCCAAGCUCAGCGGGAUUACUUUGGGGCUCAUACAUACGAGAGGACCGACAUGUCGGGUUCCUUCCAUACCGAGUGGUUCAAGAUUGCCAAACAAUCAAAGAUUUGAUUUUUUUAAGCUCUACACCUUUGUUGAGCUAGACUGAUGCUGCUUAUGUGCUGAAUAAGAUUUGUGACCGAAAAUGUAAAAUUCAGUCAUGGAACCAUUCGAUUAUGCUUAAUAUGUUUGGAAUAUUUGGAAUUUAUUGAAGUUUAUUUAGUUUUGAUAAUUAUUUGUAAACCAGACCAUCUUUUUUCAUUUAAUAAAAUCUUUAAGCAUUUCUUUUUUGUUAA